AUGCGGAUACCGAGCUCAACGACCCACCUCCACUUUGAUGCCAAAAUUCUUCGUUUUGCAGUCAACUCACUGGAAGUCUUAUCAUCAUAUACAGCGGAGGCAUUGCAGAAUCAUCUGGCAGAAGUCUACACCAGUCUUAGCUCGUGCGAUGGUAGUUCUUCAGAGAUGCUCAGCUGCAUGACGUAUUUAUACACAUUGAGCGGACAUACCCGUCUUGCCGACGCGAUUGUAAAGAGCUCGAUCCUUGGGCUUCUGAUUCGGAUGUCGGCGCAAGAAGUGCAGCUUGCCACAUCGAGCGAGACGAUGUUAUCGAUGCUUUGCCUCGUGCUUGGUCAUCUGUUUCGAUCCACGACUGCCAUUGCGCUAUCGCCGCCCGAUCAGUUACGGCAACUGGUAAAAACCUUGCUGACAAUUGUUGCUGAUCUCCCCAUUCGAGCGAAAGACAAAGAAGACUACCAGCAAGAAUGA